AAAUGCCGUAUCCGUAUAAUACGGUACGGGACCGAGCCCUACUGAAGAGGCGUAACUGCACUUUACUAACGAUCGUACAAUCCUCCGAUCAGCGAUCGAGCUUGAUUUUUUCAUAGCCGGUCGAUCGGGGUCGCAUGUGUUUUGCAUCCGUUAAUAUAAAAGUAGAUCACGGACACGUAUGACAUCUUGUGCCUGUUAGCACUUCGAGCAGUCUAAUCCCGCCAUGUCGUUCAACAAAGAGAAGCCUCGGGUUGGCAUUAUCGGGAGCGGAGUCGGAGGCCUGUCCAUGGCCAUUGCCCUUAAGAAGAAACUCAACUUUGACAACUUCCUUAUAUUUGAGAAGGAGUCAGAUAUUGGAGGGACAUGGCGAGACAACACUUAUCCAGGUUGCUCGUCUGAUGUAGCCGGGCACUGGUACUGUCUCUCUUCCGAACCGAACCCCAACUGGUCAUCCCUGUUCGUCCUUCAGCCUGAGAUUCUCGCCUACUGGCAAGGUCUCGUCAACAAAUAUGGAUUGCGAAAAUACGUCGUUCUGAAUACAACUGUUUUGAAUGCCGUAUGGGACGAUGCUGCACAACACUAUCGGCUGACGCUACGUGAUUCGAAGACGGGUGAGGAGCGUGAAGAAGUAGUCGAGGCACUCGUCAGUGCCUCCGGGGGUUUCACUGAGCCGCAUUAUCCUAGUGACAUUCCAGGGAUGAAAGACUUUAAGGGUCCAAUGUUCCAUUCUGCACGAUGGCGGAAGGACGUGGAAUUAUCCGGGAAGACCGUCGGUGUCGUCGGCAAUGCAGCAUCAGCAGUCCAGCUCGUUCCGAGGAUAUCGGAAGAUCCGUCUGUGAAAGUCAUUAACUUCUGCAGAACUCCAAAUUGGUUCGCGUUCCGAGAUAACUACAAGUAUCCGGCUUGGGCUAAAUGGAUAUUCGCUCACGUACCUGGCGUGAUGUGGGCAUACCGCACGUUCCUCUUCGCUCGUUAUGACUUAUCAUACUUAAUUUUCCGAAAUGAGAACAAACGAAUGCAAGCAACGGCGCGUAAGUUAUUGACUAGGGAGCUCAAGAAGCGAGCACCUAAGGAAUAUGUCGACAACCUUGUCCCUUCAUACCCACCCGGAUGCAGACGAAUCGUCAUCGAGCCAGGAUACCUAAAAGCUUUACAUAAGCCGAACGUAUCACUCAACUGGGAUGGUAUCGCUAGGUUUGAACCCGAUGGCCUCGUUACGAAAACGGGUCAGAAGAUACCUUUGGAUGUGAUUGUUUUGGCUACUGGUUUCCUCGUUUGCAGGAUUAUGACCGAUGUGAAAGGACUAGGAGGAUUGACUCUAUCUCAAUACUUCGAUUCUAAGGGCGGGCCGACUGCGUAUCUGGGAACAACCGUCCCUGGGUUCCCCAACUUCUUUACAAUCUUAGGCCCAAACAUCGCAACGGGCCACGCAUCUGUAAUCUUCAGCGAAGAGGCCCAAAUCAACUACAUCGUCCAACUCCUUGCACCAAUCCUCUCGCAUUCCGCGUCUUCCUUCACCGUCCGUUCCUCAGUCACAGACGCCUUCAACGACCGCAUCCAGAAGCGCCUCCGGUCGUCCGUCUUUGCCGCGUGCACGUCGUACUACCGUGCAGGGUUGGACGGAGCGGGGAAGAACGUGGCAAUUUGGCCGGGACCUGUGACAGCGUAUUGGUGGGAGACGAGGAAGGUUCGGUGGAGCGAUUAUGAGGCGAAGGGCGCUGAGAAGUGGGAGAGUGAGAGGAGGAGGAGUAAUGUGAUGAAGGUGCUGGUUUUGAUUGCUGCAGUGCUACUGCUGGCUGCAGGGACGCAACCUUCAAUAAGGAGUACUGUACUCGCCUUCCUUGCACCUGCAUUGGCAAAGGUGCAAGAAUUCCUUCCGCGCCUUGCCUUUCGUUAGAUUUUUUUACUUUUGGAUUGGAUCGUAGAAAAUCUACAUCACAAUAUAAAUAGAUGGAAACGGUUA